GACAAUUUCAGACAAGACUAAUACAACUUAACACUAUCUUAUAUUACAAGCGUUUAUAUUACAAUAUGACAAUAUCUACCAUGAUGUCUUACCGACGAACUCGCCAGUCUUCUAGCACCUCAACUUCGCCCCACGAUUUGUCCUGUCCUUCGUCAGAAAUCUUGUCCCCUAAACAGGACCUUAAACAGUACGAGGAAAAGAGUUCCUUCAGGCUUGUAUGUCGGGGAGGACGUUUGCUGCAUAAUGGACCAGCCAUUCAAGUUCCGUUCAUCUUUAAAGAUGAACAGGGGUUCAGUUGUAAUGACUAAGCUUACUACUUUCUGUCCUCUAACGAAGAUAAAAUUAUCGCAAGGAGCAUUAAAGUUGUUAACUAUACCCAACGCUGGGGGUAGCUCAGUUAUUUCAGAGGUACUUUCUCUGGAAUUUUUAUCACGAUCUUUUGGAGCGCAUCUUCUAAAGACCGAAAUGGAAGUUGAAUACUGGCCCCAAGGCGGUUCAAUAACUGAUUAUGUCGCCAGGAUCUACGAUCAAAUUAUUGGUGUUUCAGUUACAAGAGCUAUGAAAUAUGGCGGAGACUUCGCAAUGGAUGAUGCGAUUCGAUUAUUAAACAAGAAGUUGCAAGGAGUGAACAGAUCAACUGCAAAUAAUCAGGAAGGAUGGUCUAAGCAGGUCUUGCACGUCUGGGCAACUGAUAAGAAAACUGCCGCAUAUGUGUUGAAGGCGUGGCAAAUGCUUGAUGAGACAGUUCGCAGUGACACUGUUGUCGUUAUAACUGUCUGUUAUAGUAUUCCCGGAUUAUUCUUUGAGAGAAAAAUGGGCUGAAAAUUUGUUUCGAUGACUUUAGGAGGACAAUCAAUAGGCCUAUUUUUUUUCAAAAGUUUAUUGAGAAAGGAUUUGAUGACUAUUUAAGAGAAUGCCUUUUUCUGAAGCUUGGGAAACAGACACGGUUUAUUCGUAUUGCUUAGCUUGAUGAUCAAUGGAGAGAGCUACUCUACGAAGCCGUAUUUUUUAUACGUGAAGAGAUGAGACUGCUAGAAGUGACAGAUAAAUCUACUCCAAAAGUUCGUUUUCUACAGGAGAAAAGAUAUUUUAAAGCCGAAAAAAAAAAAGAAAAUCUAUAAAUAUUUAAAAAAAAUUGUUAUGUUUAAAUCCAUUAGCCUUUCCUUUAUUUAUAAUUAUUUCUAAUUAAUGCCUUAUUUUAUGUUUUCUAUAUUAUGUGUUUAUUUAUAUAAUAAAAGUAGUG